AUGUUUGAUGCAGAAAUAAUCAUCCCGGACGGGGACAAACAACUAAAAGCAAUCUCACGGUUUUAUGUCGUGGAAAACGGACCACAGCCACUUCUAGGUAAGACAACAGCGAAGCAAUUAGGUGUUUUGCUUGUCGGAUUACCCAGCCAGCGAGAAUCGGUUCAUCACGUAGAAGCUUGCCGGGCAUUCCCUUGCAUCCGUGGAGUGAAAAUUCGUAUCCCCAUAGAUAAGUCGGUAGAACCCGUUGCCCAGCGUCUCCGACGGUUGCCUUUACCGAUGUUGGACAAGGUAGACGAGAAGUUAAAUGAAUUGCUUUCCAAGGACAUCAUCGAAAAGGUGUCUGAACCAAGCCGCUGGGUGUCACCGAUGGUCAUAGUGGUCAAAGACAGUGGAGAUAUCCGGCUCUGUAUUGACAUGCGUCAGUUGAACAGGGCAACACUCCGUGAGACACACCCGUUGCCAACGAUUGAGGACAUACGAUGGAGGUUGAAUGGGGCAAAGUAUUUCUCCCGACUCGAUAUUAAGGAUGCCUUUCAUCAACUCCAGCUCGACGAUGAGAGUAAGCAUCUGACGACUUUCAUAACCCACCGCGGACUUUUUCGAUACAAGCGUCUAGUCUUCGGCAUUUCGUGUGCACCGGAGAUGUUCCAGAAGAUUCUCGAACAGAUUCUGGCAGAUUGUGAGAACACGGUGAACUUUAUCGAUGAUAUUAUUGUCACAGCGACGAUUUCCUUUCCGCUCCGUGAACUAAUCAAGAGUAACUCGACCUUCAUCUGGGAACGGGAUCAGGAACUUGCAUUUAACGAACUCAUCCGGCUGGUUGGCAAUAUUGAGACACUUGCUCACUUCGAUCCCCGACUUAAAACCAGGGUAGUGGCGGACGCGUCACCAGUGGGAUUAGGGGCGGUGCUGCUUCAAUUUCAUGAAGGUCAUCCCAAAGUCGUCGCUUAUGCUAGCAAAAGCCUAACUAGUACGGAAUGUAGAUACGCGAAACGGAAAAGGAAUCCUUGGCCUUAG